GAAGGACACGACAGUGAUGCAUCUUCUGAAAUAUAGAGCCUCUGAUUUUACCGGUCUCUGAAUCUUCUGCCAACUGGAACUUACUCGGAAAGUAGAAAGCAUCGGGGGGCUCGUACAGGUCUCGACUUUUUGGAGAUGUUCCUGCCAGAGUUCAGUCAAUUCUCAGCACUGGCUACUGCAAUCACAUCUGUGACAUCUGUCCUGUUGCUGCUCGCUGUCUCCCGACAAUUAUGGGCACUCCGGUGGUCCAUCACACGGGAUAGAGAUAAUAAACUUCCUCUUCCUAAUGGCUCCAUGGGCUGGCCACUCAUUGGAGAAACAUUCCACUGGUUGUUUCAGGGGUCAAACUUUCACGUCUCCAGGAGGGAAAAAUACGGAAACGUAUUUAAAACCCACCUUUUAGGGCAACCGCUUAUCCGUGUAACAGGGGCAGAGAAUAUCCGUAAAAUCCUGCUCGGAGAACACAGCUUGGUGUGCACUCAGUGGCCACAGAGCGCUCGGAUCAUCCUGGGACCGAACACGCUGGUUAACUCCAUUGGAGAUCUUCAUAAGCAAAAAAGAAAAAUCUUGUUAAAAGUGUUCAGCCGCGCGGCUUUGGAGACAUACAUCCCCAGAUUGCAGGAUGUUGUCAGGACUGAAAUUGCCAAGUGGUGUUCAAAGCCUGGUUCUGUGAACGUGUUCGGUGCAGCUAAAGCGCUCACUUUCCGCAUUGCUGUCCGGGUGCUCUUGGGACUGAGCAUGGGAGACGCCGAUGUUGAGCAUCUCUCCAAAAUAUUUGAGGAGCUCAUGAACAACCUCUUCUCACUCCCAAUUGAUGUGUCCUUCAGUGGACUCCGAAAGGGUAUAAAGGCCCGUGAAAAACUUCACGCAUUUAUGGAGAAAAUAAUCGCAGAGAAACUACAGAACCAACGGUGCGACGGAAACGAUGCAUUUGACUACAUACUAAGUAGUGCCAAGGAAAAUGGGCAUACCUUAACUGUUCAAGAACUUAAGGAGGCUGCGGUAGAGCUCAUCUUCGCUGCGCACUCAACCACUGCCAGUGCCUCCACCUCUCUUAUCCUCCAGCUGCUGAAGCAUCCGUCUGUAGUUGAAAAGGCCCGGCAUGAACUGGAGGCACAUGGACUAAGAAGAGGUUCGAAAUGUGGCAGUCACUCAAUUCUCACGGAAUGGGAUCCGGAGGAACACAGUAUUCCAUCAGAGGAUGAGGCGACAGAAAAAGGCGGGAAUGAAAGUUUAAGACUUGGAACAGAGACCAACUGUCCGCUGUUUAGCACUAGAAUAAAUUGCUGUGAACCCGCGGAGCACCGCAGUGAGCAAUGCCUAGAUUCUAGCUUCAGUCGUCCUUAUCUGAGUUUGAAGAAACUGAACCAACUGCGCUACCUGGACUGUAUUGUUAAGGAAGUGCUCCGGUUUCUCCCACCGGUGUCCGGAGGUUACAGGACAGCACUCCAGACCUUCGAAUUAGACGGUUAUCAGAUUCCCAAAGGAUGGAGUGUCAUGUACAGCAUCAGAGACACACACGAGACAGCUGCAGUGUACCAGAGUCCAGAAGCAUUCGACCCCGAUCGCUUCGGAAGCGGGCGAGAGGAAAGCAGGAUCGGACGCUUUAACUACGUCCCGUUUGGCGGCGGUGUGAGGAGCUGCAUUGGAAGGGAACUGGCACAGAUCAUACUAAAGACUCUGGCUAUCGAGCUACUCUGCACUGCUGAGUGGAGGCUGGCCACGCAGACCUUCCCCAAGAUGCAGACUGUGCCCAUUGUUCACCCAGUUAAUGGACUACAUGUUUAUUUUGACUUUGUAAAUUCUGGGAAGACACUACCCGAAAGUCAGUCUGAGUGUAUUUAGAUCUAUUUAUCUACACUUCACGUGUCAAGGGGCAACCACUACACGAAGUGGUCAUCAGCACAUUUUGAAUUGGGCAAGUUUUCGCAGUUUCGUCCAUUGGCCAAAAUUUAAUAGGACAAUGCACCAUCCACAAGAUUUCCUUCAACACGCUGCUACCAAAAUACAAAAAUGCAAGGUGAAACUGAUUCCACAAAAGCUUCAUCAAAUCAGUCUCUAGGAAUCUUGGUCUUGCAUGCUUUCGCACUUAACUUGCUUAGGAGAUCACCAUUUUAUAUAUAUAUGUAUAUGUAUAUAUAUAUAUACACACACACACACACAUUGUUCAAAAAUGAAGUGUAAACUGUAGUCUAAGAUGCAUUCAAAGUAAAACUGUUUUCUAAUAUGUAAUAUUUAUACUUAAUGUGAAUUAUGAAAUCUACCUUCAGAAGAAAAUAAAUCUUUAAAACAAUUAUUUAUAUUCUGGAAAGAUAUACAAUGACGAAAAACCAAGAACAGUAAUGCAAUUGCACGGGGCAAAUACUUCAUACAAUAAUAAGGCCCGGUGUUAGGAAAAACACUACAGAGCAAUAGGUGCAACAGACUAGUGCAAUAGACAGAGCACUGUAUGACAGUACAGAGUAUGGAGAAGUAAUGCAUUAUUUGACCAAGUGUCACCUGAUGUAAAAAAAAAUGCUGUUGAUAUGUUACUUGAUUGUGAGUACAAAUGCUGCCACAUGAUGUUCUGAUGUUGUACAUAUAAGCAUGGUAGUUUUUUCAAACUCUGUGCUUCUUAUAUUGUGUUAAAUAUAUCAGGAGACUACUCCUUACUUAAUUUUUAUGAUGUAUUGCCUUAUUUGGCCAGUCAUCUCUCACUCCCUUUCCAUGGCUUUGGUAAAGUUACCCAGAAGAGAUAUUUGAAACCUGUGGGAGCCAUUUAAUUAAAGGAAAAGGAGGAUUCAUAUCCAAUUAUGCCAUAAAGACAUUAUUACACUUAAAUUACAAAAAUAACCUUUUCAGCUUUAAAUAAAAGUAUAAGUGUGACCCAUGAUAUAAAUAGCACUGCUAAAAUAACAAUACAAAGGUGAACAGCUUUUUUGUACUGAA